CCCAAGGACACAUCGAUGGGAAACGCCUCUUCAGGAAUGGUCAGAAAAGGACCCAUCCGUGCUCCAGAACAUGUUCCUGACAUCAAUGAUGAAAACUACGAGGUGAGCAGCGAUGAGGAGGAUAUGCCUUUCAAAUGCUUCAUCUGCAGAAGUUCCUUCAAGAACCCCGUGGUCACCAAGUGUAGGCACUACUUCUGUGAGAACUGUGCCCUCCAACACUACCGCAAAUCCCAGCACUGCUAUGUCUGUGACAAGCAAACCAACGGAGUCUUCAACCCAGUAAAAGAGCUCAUGGCAAAAUUGGAAAAACAUAAAGGGAAGGAAGAGGAGGAAGAAGAGCAGCA